AUGGCGUCAAAAACAUACAAAAUCGGCCUGAUCCUUUGCUCAACACGCACUCCCCGCAGUGCGCCGCAUCUGGCAUCCUUCGUCCACUCUCUCCUCCCACCAUCUCCAUCUACACCUACACCUACAUCUCCUUAUACAGUCGAAACAAUCGACCUCCUCGACUGGCCUCUACCACUACACACCACCGAACCAACCGUGCCCACACGCCUCCCCGCUGCGUCUCUCCCCUCCGCCUACACCAACGCCACCACACGUGCCUGGUCCGCGCACAUCGCCUCCUUUGACGCCUUUAUCUUUCUGUGUCCACAGUACAACUGGGGCUACCCGGCAGCUAUCAAAAACGCAAUCGACUACUUGUUUCAUGAAUGGACGGGCAAACCCGCCCUAGUGGUAUCGUACGGGGGCCGGGGCGGCGGGCUCGGCAGAGACCAAUUGGUGCAAGUUCUGAAAGGGCUGCGCAUGAGGGUUGUGGAGGAUCCGCCCGUGGGGUUUGCGUUUCAGGAAGGGAAGGAUUGGGGCAUGCAGGCCAAGGCUGAGGGGGGCGAGGAUUUGGGGGAAUUGUUGGACGAUAAAGGGUUUUGGGCGGAGCAGAGGGUUGCGUUGGUGCAGGCGUUUAAUGAGUUGCUUGCUUUGCUUCAAAAUGUUGGAUAG